AGGGAUAUGAUGUGUAGAAAUGGUUCAAAUAAUACGAACUACACCCCACUGUCGUUUCGUGGAUCCAUGAGGUCAAUGUGUGCUUCACCCCGGGUCCGUGAAUGAGCUGCGCCACGUCUCACGGCUUUCUCGGUCACCCAACUCGCUCAACUGUCACUGCGACGGUCCAUGGCGGGCCUCACAACGCCGUCGCGAGACAUUGAAAAAGCGAUGAAGCCACCCUAGACAUUCCUUCCACAACCGUCCAACUUCCACAGCCGCGCAUCCUUCCACAUCUACCAUAAUGCCCCUCUUCAAAAAGAAGCCGCACGACGGCACCAGCCAACCAUUGAUACCACCUCCAGAGCCCACCUCCCCACCAGCCUACGCACCUUCCGCACCUGUCCCUUCCUCUUCUUACCAACCCCGCCUAGCCUCGCUAUCUUUCCACAUGACCGACCGCAUCCGCCUUCUUCAUUUCCCCCCUGAGGCUAUCGACGUCUGUCGCAGCACCAUUCUUUCCGCCUGGAAGCCGCCUCACUCUGGGGCAAUCGUCAUCCAAGACGAGCGUCCCUAUGGAGCCUCCCACGAGUUCAAAUUGCGCGGUUUUCCGUGGGCCCUAGGAAGUUACCAGCCGGUUGAAUCGAGUAGAUUGGUUUGUGCGCUGUUAAGCACGCUUCAUGGCCUGGGUUGGACGCUGAUCUUGACGACGGAUGUGACGAGGAAGAUGAGGGACAAGGAUACGUUGGUGUUUAGGCGGAGGCGCAUGUGCCUGUGGAGUGUGACUGGGGCGUGGUCAUGUUUUCGGGAGGCGACAGGAUGCGUCCCUCCCGAAGUCAGCCAAGCCACAGCGGCUCAGCUCGGCCCUUCGUGGGUGCAAGCCCGAUCCGUCCACAAAUCAGUCGCAGAUGAGCUCAAGCUCCAUGGCUCGCCUUGGUUUGCUAAUGGGAUAGAGACUAUGAGGGUUCGUGAGCUGUUGCUGGUGCUGUUAGAGUCGCUUGAGGAUGAGGGAUGGACCGUGUUCGCGAGCAUUGAUCAGAAGCAUGGGCGAGACGAUUAUACUGAGACUGAUACUUGGUAUUGCUGCAGACCAAAAGGCUGGGUGAAGGGAGCCCCUUUGUACCAUAAUUGAUGACUUGGUUUGAAAUAUUACGAGAUGCAUCGGAG